AUGGGCGACUGGAGUUUCCUGGGGAACAUUUUGGAGGAGGUGAAUGAGCACUCCACAGUCAUUGGCAGAGUCUGGCUCACUGUGCUCUUCAUCUUCCGGAUCCUCAUCCUUGGCACGGCCGCAGAGUUUGUGUGGGGGGACGAGCAGUCCGACUUCGUGUGCAACACCCAGCAGCCAGGCUGCGAGAACGUCUGCUACGAUGAGGCCUUCCCCAUCUCCCACAUCCGCCUCUGGGUGCUGCAGAUCAUCUUCGUCUCCACACCGUCCCUGGUGUACGUGGGACACGCGGUGCACCACGUCCGCAUGGAGGAGAAGCGCAAGGAGCGCGAGGCAGAGGAGCUGUGCCAGCAGGCGGCGGGCAACGGCGGCGAGAGGGCACCCGUGGCCACAGACCAGGGCAGCAUCAAGAGGAGCAGCAACAGCGGCAAAGGCGCCAGGAAGUUCCGGCUGGAGGGCACCCUGCUGAGGACCUACAUCUGCCACAUCAUCUUCAAGACCCUCUUCGAGGUAGGCUUCAUAGUGGGCCACUACUUCCUGUACGGUUUCCGGAUCCUGCCCCUCUAUCGCUGCAGCCGGUGGCCCUGCCCCAACGUGGUGGACUGUUUCGUGUCUCGGCCCACUGAGAAAACCAUCUUCAUCCUGUUCAUGUUGUCUGUGGCCUCUGUGUCCCUCUUCCUCAAUAUUCUGGAGAUGAGUCACCUGGGCCUGAAGAGAAUCCGGUCUGCCUUCAAGAGGCCCUUAGAGCAGUCACUGGGAGAGAUCCCUGAGAAGUCCCUCCAUUCCAUUGCCGUCUCCUCCAUCCAGAAAGCCAAGGGCUACCAGCUCCUCGAAGAAGAGAAAAUCGUGUCCCACUAUUUCCCUUUGACUGAGGUCGGGAUGGUGGAGACCAGCCCCCUUUCUGCCAAGCCUUUCAGUCAGUUUGAGGAGAAGAUAGGCACAGGGCCCCUAGGGGACUUGUCUCGGGCUUACCAAGAAACACUGCCCUCCUAUGCUCAGGUGGGAAUGCCGGAGGGGGAGGGGGAGGAGCAGCGGGGGGAGGAGGGUGCCGAAUCGGAGGCGGGAGAGAAGAGACAGGACGCAGAGAGAGUGAGCACAGAAGGGCAGGAGACCCUGGCAGUGCUGGAGGGGGAGAAAGUGGAGACCUCAGAAGUGGGGAAAGAGGGCGAGAAAGAGCUGCAGGCUGAGAAGGUGUCAAAGCAAGAGCUGUCGGCUGAGAAGGCGCCUUCACUGUGCCCAGAGCUGACCAGGGAUGACAACAGACCGCUGAGCAGGCUGAGCAAAGCCAGCAGCCGGGCCAGGUCAGAUGAUCUAACCGUAUGAAGUGACGCCAAAGAAAAGAAGAAGAGAAAGCACCCAAGCUAACGCAGGGCAAGAUGAAAUGUGAAGAUGCCAACAUGAUCUGAGUCUUCUGUUCCUCCUCUCACACCCACCCCUUGCUGGACAGGCACUGCAGUGAACAGCACACGCUGUACAACUCGGAAAUUGCCUUGCCUGUAUGUAAGGGCUGCCAAGACAAACCCCUUGUCCCAUUGAAGAUCCCAGUCCCAUUUGGCUGCCCUGUCCCUCUACCCCAAUGGCUGUGGGGAACUCUGUUUUUAUCCUCACUUCUCUGUAGAAAUCCUCCUAAUCAGAACUGUGGUUGCCCCAUAGCUUUUUACAAGUAUUAUCUCAAGCUCACUAAUUCAGCAGGACUUUAUCACCCCAGCCCUUUCCAAGCAGGUGCCAUGUGGUCAUACAGCAAGAGUCCUAAAUUUAGAUACUCCAGGAUUCAGGUAGAUGGUUUAAAUAGGUGAAGAGGGCCUGUUCUGAUGCUGUAGGAGCUCCAGGGCUGUGAAGAUUGGAGAGCAGGGGACAGUUGCUGCUUAAUCCCAGGCAAUGAUUGCCAGGCAGUGUUACCUGGCCAUCUGAUUUUUUAAAAGAAGCCAAAAAUCCAAACUUUUAAGUGAAAUUCCCAACAUUUUUAAUGUUCCCAGAUGAAUUUUAAAUAUGCCAUAUAGGCUACAAAAAAUGUGUGCAAGCCAAGUUUAACCUGUUGGGCACCAAUUUACAAGGUUAGCUUAUACUAGAGAACCCAAUUUCUUACGGAAUUAGCCAUAUUAUUUAUCAUCUCAACCAUUAUUGUGGUCUCAGCUUCCAAAUAUCAUUUUACCAUUCUGGAGUGCUGGGUUUAAAUCACCAGUACAGGUGAUACCCAGAAUUCUCACUGCCCUUUCUCUUGGGUCACUGCAGCACCUGGGUUCUGAUGCAAUUACAUUCAUUGGGUUGGUGGGACUUCUGCCUUGGGAACCAUCAGAGAAAGAGAGCAAGGCCUCAAAGCCCUCUCCCUGAACUGAAAAGGCCUUGAGGCCUGGUUUCAGUUUUCUUCCCUGAAAGAAGGUCCCCUUCUUUCCUCUCCUCUCCCAACUUCAGUGCCCAGCCUGAAAUCUACAUUUCCUUUCACUGAGAGCUGGGAGCAUACCCAGCUCUGAGCCAGAGGAUAACUGCCCACUGGCCUGACCUGAGAGUCAGCUCUCAGGCCUUGCUCAGGCACAAGACAUGUACAAAGAGUGACACGAGGGAGAGCCUCUUACAAAGUGGGAGCUCAAACAGCCAGGGUUCCAAUGUCUAGUCCCAGGCCAGGCUUCAUCCUGGGAAGGGAUGUAGAGGGUGAAGGGAACAAGAGGGAUUUCAUAGGUCUCCUACCAUUUAUCCCCACAACAAACAUUCCUUAAACAUAGGGUAUAGGAAAGGAAAAUCCUCAGGUAUAAGUAUAUACCUCACACAGCGAGCAGUUUUGCCUAGAGCGGAAGAACAGAGGGAGAAAGCAAUAACCAAACUGUUCGUUUAAACCAGAGCUAUGCUUCAUGAUGGGCUGCAGUGCCAAAACUUAGGUAGGAGGAUAGACACCAAGUUGACAUGGCAGGGAUCUGGACAGGAAACCACCAGGGACCCAAAAGGUGUACUCAGAAAAACUGCCUCUUUCUGCCCAACUAGCACCAUCCCAAAGUAUGCAAAUCCUUUGUGCUGCCCUCUGGUUACCACCUUCCUUUUAAGAUAUUCAUUCUAGAUAUGCUUUUCCAGAGCAAAGCCUCCUCCAAAACUAAUCGCCCCCCAACCCCUCGGUGAAAGUAUGCCCAUUCCUUGGAGCCCCUUACUAAAGUAAAGUAGUCUAAAAAUUAAAUCCAUUCUAAAGUAUGAUUGUUUAACAAAUUCUCAAUUAAUGUGUCAGAUAAUGGACAGCUGAAUAGAAGAGGUAUAUUUAUCUUGUAGACAUGUAACUUUCUGGCUACUACUAAGAUUGAAUCUGCCCCCUUGCGCUCAAUACUAUUCCACACAGACCUUCAAUGUGAUGAGAGAAGUAACAAAAUUCCAGGCUUGAGAAAGAGACAGCAUCAUUGCACUUACCUUGUGGCUAUACUGUUGCUCCUACAGUUUUGCUCCUGAAGAUCCAUUUUAAGAAGACAUAAACUCAGAGCCUGAGAAUAGCUUGGUUGUUAGAAUAAAGAGUCUGACUCAACUAGGACCUACUCCAAAAUAGAAAAGGAGAAAACUACAGUGUGUUCAAAGUGAGAACUGCUGGUGUGGUUUACCAGCUGUAGAGGUGUAGGUGAAGGCUGCUGGCCUCCUUGUCUCCACUGGGCAUAGCUGUGUGAAGGAGUGGAUUUCCUUGGAUGAAGCAGCAUUCUGCUAUUGAAACAGGACGUACCUGCCCCGCCCCCAUCCCCACCCCAUGAGGGAAGCUGCCAUUUUUUUCCCUGUAGUGUUCUUGACAAUAGAAGUCUGUUUUGGAAGAAACCACACAGAUGUCAAGAAACCAGGAUUUUUUUUUUCUAUUCCUGCCAUUUAGUAGCUGUGUCAUUAUCAUCCUUUAACUUUUCUGCACUUCAGUAUUCUCUCUGCAGACUAGAGAUGGCAUUUGCCACCAACCUACCUCCAGGGGUAUUAUAAGGAUUAAUGAGUUGGCCACUUAGCCUAGAGCCUGAUGAGUGGUGCCACUCCCUGAAAGAGUCCUCUGAUAGCAGGGAGACUGGGAAGAAGGUGGGUGGUUUCCAUCUGACCCUCCCAGCCUGCCCUGAAGUUGCCUAGGAAGAGGGUUUUUUUUUUUUUUAAUUUUUUAUCUUUUAUUUGAAGUAACAGUGUAACAGGUUGAUAGUAUUCAGCCAUUCACUGGGCACUAACAACUUCUUCCCAAAGAGCAAUGGGGGAUUCCACCCAAGACAUCUGUCUGUGUCCUCCCUGCCAUGUUUACCCCAACCAUCUGCGGCUUCUUUUGAUUUGCUGCCUAGGAAGAGUUUUUCAGAGUGGAAUAAAUAGUCUGGAGAUGAGUUUUUCAGAGAAGACAAAACGGAAUCUUGACCCCUUAGUAGGAACCUGAGGCUCUCUGACCAUGAGAAAUGACAAAAGGACAGAUUGGCAAUUACUUUAACCCUCUGGAAAAUGUCCCUUCAUGCCCCCUCUUAGGCUGCCUUACAGGUGCUGCCCGGUGCCUUUCACAGGCAGCUGUGGGUCCAUGGAAGCCUUUGCUCAGUGCAGCUGGAUCCCCCCUCUGGGCUCCAUUAGGUCCAUCUUUAGUCCUAUUCCUGGUCCUUCCCUUGUCAGACUAAACCUUUAGGGCAUGUAGAUCUAUCCAGAAGAAGCAUUAGCCAGCCGAAUAUCAAAAGGGCAGCUCCCUCCAGAGGAAAAGACCAGUUGCUUAAAAGCAGUUGUAACACCUCCCUCAGGGGAGAUCUGUGACCGGGAGGAAGAGGGAUACUCAAAGUUCAGUUUGUUUCAGGCCUGGCUCUGUAAUCCCUAGGCCUAGCUUUUGGGGCAUCAUAAAAAGGCCCACCUGUUUUUCACCAUGGCUUUGUCACUUGCCACACAGGUGAAGCAUCCAGCACAGAAUUGGACAGAUAUUCCUGAAGGUCAGUGUGACCUGGGGAUCACAAGUGCUGACUCUGAGGACCCCAAGAGACCAUUUUGCCUGCUCCAUGUAACACUUUUCUCUAGGUUAAUUGGGGCAGCAAGUUCUGCCUCUCCUUUGCAAGUGAAUUGGUGCUCAGCAAACACUAAGAGCAUACUGGAAGUAAGUGGGGUUUUUUUUAACUAAUUUGGAAGUAAAAGGAAAGGGAAGAAGGCAUUAUUCAAAUUUGUCAGAAGUCCUUAUUGUAAAACAUAUACUGAAGCAAUGAGUCACCACUUCGAAUGCUGUACAGAUUUGUUAACUAAGGUACUGAUUAAAAGUGACUAAAUAAGUAAAAUGAAGGAAGCAAAUAAUGGAAGAAAAAGGUCAACGUUUCUGUAGUUCUGAAUUCCUAAGAAUUAUAUUAUAAAUAAGGGACAUCUUUAAUGAUGCAAGAAUUCGUUGCUCAAAGUGAUGCAGGUACUCAGCUCACUAGGGCUCAUGUGGAGAUCACACCCACCCCAGAGGCGGUCUCUGACUCGUGGCAGGAGGGAGUCCACAGAUACUGAAAGAGCUACAUGCAGGAACUCUCCAACCCAAGCUGUGUGGAAGGCCUGGGGCAAACCUAGUGCAGACAGCUGCUCUUCAUGGAUUCCUGAGGAGGGUUAUUAGGGCACCCUUGGGGGGGAAAAUGAGUAUACCUCCCCCACAGUACCUCCCACCCCACUCCCCAUGCCUCCUCCUCCUCUCUCCUUCCCCUAACCCUGAAUUAUCACUCUGUGCACAUUGCCUGCAAAUAAGCACACAACCCAAGUUAGCAAGGUUUAGAUGAAAAAGGUUUGCCUGUUUGGAUGGAAAACUCCUCUGAGCAGAGAUCCAAUCUGUGAAAUGAAGAAAGUGUGUGCCUAGAAGUGGAAAUGAAAUAGUUGGAGAGACUUCCCCUUCUCAUUAUUAUUAUAUUAUAACUAAAUAUGUAAUUGGGAAGGAAGGAGAAAAAGGAAACAAAAUUCUAAGCUUAGCAGUUAGAUAAGACAAAAGACAAGUCACUCUUCACUGCCCGAAACAUUGCAGCUCCCAAAGUCAGGGGAGCAUGGGAUUCAGCUGUGCUAGUGGCCACCAAGGUAGCAAUGGGAUUACCCCAUUGCCUUCGGGAAGUACUCCAGGACAGACAGAGUUUUGGAAGAAUUCACAGUCUGCUGGAGGCGAAAGUAGAUGGCUUCACUGCUUUUUUCUGCAGAUGUUCCCACCUAUGAAACAUAAUUAGUAAAAAUUUAGCUAAGAAGCACUUUUAUAACACCCUUCCUGGAGAAAUUUCUGGCAAAGGAGAGAGGCAUUAUUAGGAUUGUGUCCUGAAUUCUCCAAUCCUUCACAUACUUAUGUUAGAGCUAAUAGUCACAUGUUAGACUGUUU